GACUGACUUGAGGCCUCCUAUGGACUCCAGACACACACUAGGACUUGACUGCACUGCAACUCAACAGAAAAAGAUGCAUGAUGCCAUGAUUAAGCGUCUCUAAGGCCCAAAACUCGAAGGGACCUGCCAACUUGUCUGCUGCCUAUUGACUGGUGGCACAGCCUGAAUUGAGCUAGACAUUGGUUUUCUUUCCAGAAUAAGGUUUAAUAAAUCUCCUCAAAGCUUAUAAAGGAUGCAUCUGGAGAAACUGGUGCUGAUUUUGUCUGCCAUCACAUGCGUCCUGUCUUCUCAGCUUCUUGACCAGGAAUGGGAAGCAUGGAAGGCCAAACAUGAAAAGGAGUACAGCAAUUUUCACCAGGAGAUGCACCGGAGGAAAGCUUGGGAGGCAACUUGGCAUAAAGUGCAGAAACACAACGAACUGGCCAACCAGGGUCUAUCCAAAUACAGAAUGGCCAUGAAUAAGUUUGCUGAUAUGACACCAAAGGAACGUACUUCCAGGAAAUGUUUAUUUUCAAAUAGAAAGUCAACAUCCCUGAACAAUCUUCCUAUGCAGCAUAAGUCCAGGGCUCUCAAUAUACCAGAUUCAGUUGACUGGAGGGAUUCCGGAUGUGUGAGCCCUGUAAAAAGUCAAGGUCUAUGUGGAUCCUGCUGGGCCUUUGCCACUGUGAGUGUAUUUGAGUCGCUUCAUUGUAUCAAGAACAAAAAGCUGGUUAAAUUCAGUGAGCAGCAGCUUGUAGACUGUGACAAUGAAGAUCAAAAUGACGGCUGCUGUGGAGGAUUUCCGGAGAAAGCAAUGGCAUACGUUACAAGUCGCGGCUUCAUGAAAGCCAAAGAUUAUAAAUAUAAGGCCACGCAACAUGACUGUUCAUACAAUCCUAAAAAGGCGAUAACUUUCAAUGUGACCAAAUAUUAUGUUCUGCCUGAAGAGGAAAAUAUGGCCGUGUCCCUGGCAAUGAAUGGACCAUUAACAGUUGGAAUUGAUGCAAGUGAUGACUUCAGCUUGUACAGUAAUGGUAUUUUUGAUGGAGAAUGUGGGACAGAGUUAUCCCAUGCUGUCGUUAUUGUGGGAUAUGGUACAGAACAUGACGAAGCAUCCAAUGAAGAAAUAGAUUACUGGAUAGUAAGGAACAGCUGGGGAGAAGACUGGGGAACAAAUGGCUACGUGAAGAUGAGGCGUAAUGAAAACCAGUGUGGUAUAGCAAUUGAUGCAUCCUCUGUGGACUUAUCAGGGUAGUUCUUUAGCGUCUAAUCAAUCCGAUCUAAGUGACACUGCGUAAUUCUAAUCCUUGUAUUCACAGCCACAGUGCCUGUCAGUGAAUGUCCAUCAGCGUUUAGCAAUAUAUAGCUACAUUUAAUGAAGUGUGUUUUGUAUAUGUGUUGGUUGUAAUAAAUAAACAAAAUAAAUAAAGCAAACCUAAUA